CCCGCAGCUGACGGCGGCCGGCAGGGACCAAACUCCACUGAGGAGGUAGCAGUUGCCUCACUGGGCGGCCGUUCCGCGGCUCACUGUCCCGGUGCCGCCGGGCCAUGGAGCUGUGGCAGAUGCCGCUGCUCUUCUCGAACCUGCCCAUGUUUCCCUUCUUCGACCUGGCGAACUACGUGGCCUCCAUUAUGGCGCUGAAGGAGCAGCGGGGAGCUGUGGAAGUGGCAGUCCAAAGCCCAAUUGCCUGCUGGUUUAGUGCCAUGCUUUAUUGCUUUGGUGGUUCAGUUUUGUCUUCAGUGAUGCUUGCAGAACCUCCAGUAACAUUUCUGGCAAAGGGCACAAAUAUUCUACUGGCAUCUUCAGUUUGGUAUCUUGUGUUUUACUGCCCACAAGACAUAUUCUGCCGGUGCUUUAACUUUCUGCCUCUUCGCCUUCUGGUUGCGGGAAUGAAGGAAGUGACUAGGACUUGGAAGAUACUGGCUGGCGUUGCACAUGCAAACAGUCACUUCAAAGAUGCCUGGCUUGUUAUGGUUGCUGUGGGCUGGGCCAGAGGAGCUGGUGGUGGCCUAAUUUCCAACUUUGAGCAGCUGGUGAGAGGAGUGUGGAAACCUGAAACCAAUGAACUACUGAAAAUGUCCUACCCUGUGAAGGUGACUUUGAUAGGAGCAAUUCUUUUCACCCUGCAACACAGCCAGUACUUGCCAAUAGCAAGACACAAUCUUAUGUUUUUAUACACUAUCUUUCUUGUUGUCUCCAAGGUAACAAUGAUGUUGACAAGAUCUGCAGCUUCUCCAUUUGCUCUCUUUGAGGCUGCAUUAGGCCGUAUGUUCUUCAGAUUGCAAGAGACACCACCCCAAGUGAAGGGUGAAGGUGCCUCAUCUUCCAAUGAGGCUUCAGUCUGUGACCGAUCUUCUGAACAAUACCGAGAUAGUGUUAAGAAAAAACAAGCAAAGAAAACAGAAUAAGUGGUGCAAUAUCCUUAAUGCUCAAAACCUUUGAAGAUAUUUGUACUUCAGAGUAUACUAUUUGUUUGAAGCAAUGCAAAUGUGGAGAGAACAGGGUUCUGUGUUGUUGUUUGCCUUUAGAAUGUGUUAUGUAAGCUGCUGUUCAGAUGUCUAAAUGAACAUGUUGAAUUUCUGAGUUAAAAAUCACAAAUUUUUAUAGCGCUUAGAAGUUUACUAACUUUUGUAUUUAUAAUUAAUUUAAAUGCUUACAUGCUAAAAAGAUAGUUUCAAAAUGUCACAAUCAGCUUGGUUUUCUCAUAUAUCACUUGUUUCAAUACUUCAUCCCCCUCCUUUUAUUCUUAUAUUUUGUUUGGAUAGCAUGGAUUUAUGCUGCCAAGUGUUCACAGCAUGUCCCAAAUAAGAAAGUAAUCAACUGAGUAAGGCUUUAUCAUUGCACUGUAAACCCAUGAAAAUGUACCAAACCAAUGCCUUUAACUAGAAAAAUAACUGAAUUACUAUUGUAAUUCACAUUGCACUGGUUUAGAUUUUCUUCAUUUACUUAAGCAAAUUUUUUCUUAUUAGCCUAUUUUUUUAAAAUAAGAGUGAGUUAUCUAAUACUGUUUAAAAUCUUUACAGUUAGCAAGUAGGAACAUUUCAGUAUUUUUGCUGUUGGCUUACUUUGACACUUUAUUUGCAAGCAUUUGACAUAUUGCUGUUUUUCCUGUUACAUAAGUGAUUUACAUGUGGUUUGUAGAUAUCUUUCCAGUUGACUGGGGCUAGACAUCUGUGCCUGCACUUUUAUCCCAGCAUAUGGGAAUUUGGAGACGUUACAUUUCAUAAGAAUAUUUAGAGGAAUCUUCCAUUGAUGUGCCAAUUUUUAGAAUAAGUUAAAAUAUUCUUACAGAUUAGAAGAAGAAGACAAAUAUAUUUGUCUUCAGAGUGUACUACUUUGAAGAGUAUUCUUCAGCAAGAGGAGGAAGAAUUAAUCUUUAUUACGGGUAGCUGAGGAGAAUGUGGAGGGAGAUCAGGUUAGAAAAGGCAAAAUUCUUAUUCCAGGUACAUAUCUAAAUUUAUGACAAAACUGUCACCAGUGUUGUGCUUAGGUUAGAAAAGAAAAAGAUACCAAAGAAAUUUGUGCUUGUCUGGUCACAUUUCUGUGGUGGUGAAAAACCAAAACCAUUGAACUCACAAGACUGGAAUCCAACUUUAUAGUGUAUGUGCUCUACCUUGUGAAGCUAAAAUGAGUAUUUUCUUCAGUAAUGAAAAAUACUUUUUAAAAAGAACCACUGACUUUUUGGACAAAAUAACAGUCACAUUCCUGACAUUUUGACACCAAAAUUUGGUGUACAGUUACAAAUGCUUGGAGUAUUCUCUUGCAGGGUGUCUCAGAUUCUUGUAGCUUGUAGAAACUUGAAAGUGCCAACUGACUAGUUAAUAAUCAACUAAUUAUUUAGCAACACCAUCAGAAGUUUUAUGUCCACAGUUUUUAAACUUCUGGAUGUUUUUUUUGGAAAGGUGUAAUAUGGUAUACCAUAUUACAAGAACCCUACAAACUGGUUGUAUGAAACUGUGUUGCACAACUGUGAAAUAGUGGCUGAUAAAUGGCUACUCUUAACCCAAGUAAAUGUGAAAAUAUGCUUAGACUAAAGUUCUAACAUUUACAACUUGAAGGGAAGUAUCUUUUUUUUAUGUCCUUUUGGAUUUAAAGAAAACAUUUUUUAAAAAAGAGUUGUUUUUCUUGACUGAACACCUUAAGAGAAAUACAAAUCACACUAAAAAUUUAUAUUGUGAGACAACAUAAGUUCUACUGGAAGAAAUCCUAUUGUCAGCAUUAUGAAAACAAACAAUGUUUAUAGAUUUCACAGGCUUCUUAAGGAUAAGUGGUCAAAAGGACUCUGACUAAGAGGUUACAUGCAAGUGUUCUGAGAACUGAUUUUUUAUAAUACAGAAAAGAUAACCAUUUGCACAGAGUUUAACCUGAAUUCUUUAGAAGACCUUAAUACAGUCUGUCCAGGAUGCCUUAAAUAAACAAUUACUUCCUGGUUUUCAUGGGGAUAGUUCUAUAUGUUUGCUAAACUUUUCUGUGUGAGAUGGUAAGAAUUCCUUGUAGCUGUUAUGUUCUGAUAAGGCAUGUCAGAUUCAGCAGAACUGAAUACAUGAACUAGUCAACUGUAUCUAAUUUUGCUAUUGUCCUAGUAAAAUUAGAAGCAGUUCUUUUGUACUAAUAUAAUAUUAAGGUUUAGAGUUGUUUUAUCAGCUCAGUCCUCAGGCUGGAAGGGCUUGUUCCCCAUAAAUCCAAUUGUUAUUCUCAUUCAUCUGUUAUAUUAAGCAUGCCUAAUUUUUAUAAAAAGAAAUACCUCAAUAUACCUCAUUCUGAGGUCUGAAUGAAGCCUUACAAACAGUAGCAACAAACAGCAUUUGACACUGAGAAUAAAAAAUAUGUUGUAAAUAGUAA